GCACCUGAAGGGACAACCCAUCAUUGACUUGAAGGAAGACCACUACUGCAACCGGGAACAAACUAGCAGUUGCAGUAGUGACAGGAAUGAGGACCACCGCCCGCGGGUGAGCUGCGUUAAUAUGGGCCUGAGCUCUGUCCCAGCUGGGAUUGACAUUGGGACUCAAGUCCUGGUUCUCACGCAUAACCAGUUUGAAAUGUUCUCCUGGGCUUCCUAUGUUGACUUCCCUGACCUCCAUGAACUGGACCUGAGCCAUAACCAAAUCACAGCACUUGAGCCUCCAGGUUCUAUGCUACGGAACCUGAGUGUGCUACGUCUGUCCUAUAACAAGCUAUCUGGCCUUGGUGGAGGUGUGUUCCGCUCUGCUCCUUCGCUUAUGGAGAUUUACCUUGAUGGAAACAGCCUGCGCUCCCUUCAUGACAGCACUUUCGGUGACCUGCCCAUCCUGGAAGUGAUAAAUCUGUCCCAAAACCAGAUACCAGCUCUCCCCCGUCAGCUCCUGGACUCCAUCUCCUCCACUGGCCUGAAAACGCUAGACCUGGAGCAGAACAACAUUUCGUCCAUGCCUGAUGGCUUCUUCUCCUCCAAACCUGACCUGCCUUACGUGUACUUGUCCUCCAACCCCUGGGAAUGUAGCUGCCAGGUGGGAUACUUGCAGACAUACCUGGAUGACCAAGGUCACAAUGUGUACAAGCACGCAGGCCCCAGUUCCAUCGUUAAUGAGCCUGAAAGCGUGGUGUGUGCUAGUCCCCCGCACCUGAAGGGACAACCCAUCAUUGACUUGAAGGAAGACCACUACUGCAACCGGGAACAAACUAGCAGUUGCAGUAGUGACAGGAAUGAGGACCACCGCCCGCGGGUGAGCUGCGUUAAUAUGGGCCUGAGCUCUGUCCCAGCUGGGAUUGACAUUGGGACUCAAGUCCUGGUUCUCACGCAUAACCAGUUUGAAAUGUUCUCCUGGGCUUCCUAUGUUGACUUCCCUGACCUCCAUGAACUGGACCUGAGCCAUAACCAAAUCACAGCACUUGAGCCUCCAGGUUCUAUGCUACGGAACCUGAGUGUGCUACGUCUGUCCUAUAACAAGCUAUCUGGCCUUGGUGGAGGUGUGUUCCGCUCUGCUCCUUCGCUUAUGGAGAUUUACCUUGAUGGAAACAGCCUGCGCUCCCUUCAUGACAGCACUUUCAGUGACCUGCCCAUCCUGGAAGUGAUAAAUCUGUCCCAAAACCAGAUACCAGCUCUCCCCCGUCGGCUCCUGGACUCCAUCUCCUCCACUGGCCUGAAAACGCUAGACCUGGAGCAGAACAACAUUUCGUCCAUGCCUGAUGGCUUCUUCUCCUCCAAACCUGACCUGCCUUACGUGUACUUGUCCUCCAACCCCUGGGAAUGUAGCUGCCAGGUGGGAUACUUGCAGACAUACCUGGAUGACCAAGGUCACAAUGUGUACAAGCACGCAGGCCCCAGUUCCAUCGUUAAUGAGCCUGAAAGCGUGGUGUGUGCUAGUCCCCCGCACCUGAAGGGACAACCCAUCAUUGACUUGAAGGAAGACCACUACUGCAACCGGGAACAAACUAGCAGUUGCAGUAGUGACAGGAAUGAGGACCACCGCCCGCGGGUGAGCUGCGUUAAUAUGGGCCUGAGCUCUGUCCCAGCUGGGAUUGACAUUGGGACUCAAGUCCUGGUUCUCACGCAUAACCAGUUUGAAAUGUUCUCCUGGGCAUCCUAUGUUGACUUCCCUGACCUCCAUGAACUGGACCUGAGCCAUAACCAAAUCACAGCACUUGAGCCUCCAGGUUCUAUGCUACGGAACCUGAGUGUGCUACGUCUGUCCUAUAACAAGCUAUCUGGCCUUGGUGGAGGUGUGUUCCGCUCUGCUCCUUCGCUUAUGGAGAUUUACCUUGAUGGAAACAGCCUGCGCUCCCUUCAUGACAGCACUUUCGGUGACCUGCCCAUCCUGGAAGUGAUAAAUCUGUCCCAAAACCAGAUACCAGCUCUCCCCCGUCAGCUCCUGGACUCCAUCUCCUCCACUGGCCUGAAAACGCUAGACCUGGAGCAGAACAACAUUUCGUCCAUGCCUGAUGGCUUCUUCUCCUCCAAACCUGACCUGCCUUACGUGUACUUGUCCUCCAACCCCUGGGAAUGUAGCUGCCAGGUGGGAUACUUGCAGACAUACCUGGAUGACCAAGGUCACAAUGUGUACAAGCACGCAGGCCCCAGUUCCAUCGUUAAUGAGCCUGAAAGCGUGGUGUGUGCUAGUCCCCCGCACCUGAAGGGACAACCCAUCAUUGACUUGAAGGAAGACCACUACUGCAACCGGGAACAAACUAGCAGUUGCAGUAGUGACAGGAAUGAGGACCACCGCCCGCGGGUGAGCUGCGUUAAUAUGGGCCUGAGCUCUGUCCCAGCUGGGAUUGACAUUGGGACUCAAGUCCUGGUUCUCACGCAUAACCAGUUUGAAAUGUUCUCCUGGGCUUCCUAUGUUGACUUCCCUGACCUCCAUGAACUGGACCUGAGCCAUAACCAAAUCACAGCACUUGAGCCUCCAGGUUCUAUGCUACGGAACCUGAGUGUGCUACGUCUGUCCUAUAACAAGCUAUCUGGCCUUGGUGGAGGUGUGUUCCGCUCUGCUCCUUCGCUUAUGGAGAUUUACCUUGAUGGAAACAGCCUGCGCUCCCUUCAUGACAGCACUUUCGGUGACCUGCCCAUCCUGGAAGUGAUAAAUCUGUCCCAAAACCAGAUACCAGCUCUCCCCCGUCAGCUCCUGGACUCCAUCUCCUCCACUGGCCUGAAAACGCUAGACCUGGAGCAGAACAACAUUUCGUCCAUGCCUGAUGGCUUCUUCUCCUCCAAACCUGACCUGCCUUACGUGUACUUGUCCUCCAACCCCUGGGAAUGUAGCUGCCAGGUGGGAUACUUGCAGACAUACCUGGAUGACCAAGGUCACAAUGUGUACAAGCACGCAGGCCCCAGUUCCAUCGUUAAUGAGCCUGAAAGCGUGGUGUGUGCUAGUCCCCCGCACCUGAAGGGACAACCCAUCAUUGACUUGAAGGAAGACCACUACUGCAACCGGGAACAAACUAGCAGUUGCAGUAGUGACAGGAAUGAGGACCACCGCCCGCGGGUGAGCUGCGUUAAUAUGGGCCUGAGCUCUGUCCCAGCUGGGAUUGACAUUGGGACUCAAGUCCUGGUUCUCACGCAUAACCAGUUUGAAAUGUUCUCCUGGGCUUCCUAUGUUGACUUCCCUGACCUCCAUGAACUGGACCUGAGCCAUAACCAAAUCACAGCACUUGAGCCUCCAGGUUCUAUGCUACGGAACCUGAGUGUGCUACGUCUGUCCUAUAACAAGCUAUCUGGCCUUGGUGGAGGUGUGUUCCGCUCUGCUCCUUCGCUUAUGGAGAUUUACCUUGAUGGAAACAGCCUGCGCUCCCUUCAUGACAGCACUUUCAGUGACCUGCCCAUCCUGGAAGUGAUAAAUCUGUCCCAAAACCAGAUACCAGCUCUCCCCCGUCGGCUCCUGGACUCCAUCUCCUCCACUGGCCUGAAAACGCUAGACCUGGAGCAGAACAACAUUUCGUCCAUGCCUGAUGGCUUCUUCUCCUCCAAACCUGACCUGCCUUACGUGUACUUGUCCUCCAACCCCUGGGAAUGUAGCUGCCAGGUGGGAUACUUGCAGACAUACCUGGAUGACCAAGGUCACAAUGUGUACAAGCACGCAGGCCCCAGUUCCAUCGUUAAUGAGCCUGAAAGCGUGGUGUGUGCUAGUCCCCCGCACCUGAAGGGACAACCCAUCAUUGACUUGAAGGAAGACCACUACUGCAACCGGGAACAAACUAGCAGUUGCAGUAGUGACAGGAAUGAGGACCACCGCCCGCGGGUGAGCUGCGUUAAUAUGGGCCUGAGCUCUGUCCCAGCUGGGAUUGACAUUGGGACUCAAGUCCUGGUUCUCACGCAUAACCAGUUUGAAAUGUUCUCCUGGGCUUCCUAUGUUGACUUCCCUGACCUCCAUGAACUGGACCUGAGCCAUAACCAAAUCACAGCACUUGAGCCUCCAGGUUCUAUGCUACGGAACCUGAGUGUGCUACGUCUGUCCUAUAACAAGCUAUCUGGCCUUGGUGGAGGUGUGUUCCGCUCUGCUCCUUCGCUUAUGGAGAUUUACCUUGAUGGAAACAGCCUGCGCUCCCUUCAUGACAGCACUUUCAGUGACCUGCCCAUCCUGGAAGUGAUAAAUCUGUCCCAAAACCAGAUACCAGCUCUCCCCCGUCGGCUCCUGGACUCCAUCUCCUCCACUGGCCUGAAAACGCUAGACCUGGAGCAGAACAACAUUUCGUCCAUGCCUGAUGGCUUCUUCUCCUCCAAACCUGACCUGCCUUACGUGUACUUGUCCUCCAACCCCUGGGAAUGUAGCUGCCAGGUGGGAUACUUGCAGACAUACCUGGAUGACCAAGGUCACAAUGUGUACAAGCACGCAGGCCCCAGUUCCAUUGUUAAUGAGCCUGAAAGCGUGGUGUGUGCUAGUCCCCCGCACCUGAAGGGACAACCCAUCAUUGACUUGAAGGAAGACCACUACUGCAACCGGGAACAAACUAGCAGUUGCAGUAGUGACAGGAAUGAGGACCACCGCCCGCGGGUGAGCUGCGUUAAUAUGGGCCUGAGCUCUGUCCCAGCUGGGAUUGACAUUGGGACUCAAGUCCUGGUUCUCACGCAUAACCAGUUUGAAAUGUUCUCCUGGGCUUCCUAUGUUGACUUCCCUGACCUCCAUGAACUGGACCUGAGCCAUAACCAAAUCACAGCACUUGAGCCUCCAGGUUCUAUGCUACGGAACCUGAGUGUGCUACGUCUGUCCUAUAACAAGCUAUCUGGCCUUGGUGGAGGUGUGUUCCGCUCUGCUCCUUCGCUUAUGGAGAUUUACCUUGAUGGAAACAGCCUGCGCUCCCUUCAUGACAGCACUUUCGGUGACCUGCCCAUCCUGGAAGUGAUAAAUCUGUCCCAAAACCAGAUACCAGCUCUCCCCCGUCAGCUCCUGGACUCCAUCUCCUCCACUGGCCUGAAAACGCUAGACCUGGAGCAGAACAACAUUUCGUCCAUGCCUGAUGGCUUCUUCUCCUCCAAACCUGACCUGCCUUACGUGUACUUGUCCUCCAACCCCUGGGAAUGUAGCUGCCAGGUGGGAUACUUGCAGACAUACCUGGAUGACCAAGGUCACAAUGUGUACAAGCACGCAGGCCCCAGUUCCAUCGUUAAUGAGCCUGAAAGCGUGGUGUGUGCUAGUCCCCCGCACCUGAAGGGACAACCCAUCAUUGACUUGAAGGAAGACCACUACUGCAACCGGGAACAAACUAGCAGUUGCAGUAGUGACAGGAAUGAGGACCACCGCCCGCGGGUGAGCUGCGUUAAUAUGGGCCUGAGCUCUGUCCCAGCUGGGAUUGACAUUGGGACUCAAGUCCUGGUUCUCACGCAUAACCAGUUUGAAAUGUUCUCCUGGGCUUCCUAUGUUGACUUCCCUGACCUCCAUGAACUGGACCUGAGCCAUAACCAAAUCACAGCACUUGAGGCUCCAGGUUCUAUGCUACGGAACCUGAGUGUGCUACGUCUGUCCUAUAACAAGCUAUCUGGCCUUGGUGGAGGUGUGUUCCGCUCUGCUCCUUCGCUUAUGGAGAUUUACCUUGAUGGAAACAGCCUGCGCUCCCUUCAUGACAGCACUUUCAGUGACCUGCCCAUCCUGGAAGUGAUAAAUCUGUCCCAAAACCAGAUACCAGCUCUCCCCCGUCGGCUCCUGGACUCCAUCUCCUCCACUGGCCUGAAAACGCUAGACCUGGAGCAGAACAACAUUUUGUCAAUGCCUGAUGGCUUCUUCUCCUCCAAACCUGACCUGCCUUAUGUGUACUUGUCCUCCAACCCCUGGGAAUGCAGCUGCCAGGUGGGAUACUUGCAGACAUACCUGGAUGACCAAGGUCACAAUGUGUACAAACACACAGGCCCCAGUUCCAUUGUUAAUGACCCUGAAAGCGUGGUGUGUGCUAGUCCCCCGCACCUGAAGGGACAACCCAUCAUUGACUUCCCCCAUCUGGACAAAAAGGGGUCCCAAAACCACAUCCAACUCCCUGACCAUGACUAUGGCUACAUCUCCCGAGACUGCAACUAG